UACAUUGUCCGGCGUAUUUGACGGCGAACAGUCGACGCGCGAGGGCAUCCCGGGAGUUACGGGUCGUUGACGUACGGAAGAAAGAGAGAGAAAGAGAAAGAGAGAGAGAGAGAGAAAGGAAAGGGUGACACGAUACAAGCGAGACGAGAGUACGAAGGUGUGCAGUCGCAGCAUUUUCCGCUUCCGCGUGAAGUAAGAAGCGUGAAGAAAGAAGAGGAAAAGAAAGAAGAGAAGCUAUUUUUCUCUCUCUCUCUCGCGCGCGUAGACGCCGCGUGAUACGAUUCAGUGAUCCACGAAGCUCGGUAGAGCACAGUGAGAGUGACGAAAAUGGUGUCCGGCGGCAUGGCUUGCGUCAAGUACCUGCUGUUCCUCUUCAACCUGAUCUUCGCGAUCACCGGCAUCGUAUUUAUUUCGGUGGGCGGGGUGAUUCUGGUUGUUUACAGCGGGUAUAGCAACUUUGUGGAUAGUUGGUUCUUUGCAGCCCCAAUCUUAAUGAUAAUAGUCGGUAUCAUAGUCUUCCUUGUAUCAUUCUUUGGCUGCUGCGGCGCUGUAAAAGAGAAUCAUUGCAUGAUAAUAACGUUCUCGGUUCUGCUGUUGCUGAUAUUUGCUCUGGAAUUGGGUGCCGGAAUCACAGGUUACAUGAUGAGAGGAGAAGUCGCUAAUAUGAUAGAAAACCGCCUGAAUGGUACUUUGCGACAAUAUGAAAUUAAUUCGGAUAUUCGUCGUUCUUGGGAUAUCAUGCAGCACGAUUUACAAUGCUGCGGUAUGAAUAGCCCUUCAGACUGGCCCCAAAUUGGUUUCCGUGAUAAUACUGUUCCUGAUUCUUGCUGCAAAGAGAUUCCUGCUCAAAGCCGAUGCGACUCAAAUUCGAUUCAAGUAUACGGUGAUGGCUGCAUGAUAAAACUACAAUCUGCUAUAGAGAAUAACGCUAUGAUUUUGGGAGGAGUGGGCAUAGGGAUAGCCCUUAUACAAGUAAGUUUUAAUUCAACCUAUCUUAUAAUAUUAUUAAAAUUGUAUUAA